GAAAAACCAAAUAUCAAAUAAUGUUUAUUUUCUAAUUAUAUCUCUAACAAUAUUCUCUAACAGCGGGAGGCCUGAUUUGGCUUUUUCCAUACUAUGAUGAGAGAGUUUAAACAUAGUAAAAGUUGCUCAAAGUUCCUUUUAAUGUGGAAUUUAAUUCGACACGGCACUUUCUCUUGUCGAUGUCUUUUUGGUUUUUGUUGUUUUUGCUGCUAUGUUUAUUCUACUCUUUUCUAAAAAAAGAAACUGCCUAUCGUCCGUCUUUCCCAAACCAUGUAGGAAUUUAAACUUGAGGAAGAUAACACCUUAUCAUGAUAAGUGAGAGAUAGGCAUGAGAAAAGAAACCCGGCAUUCUUCGGAUCCUUGAUCGAAUGGACAAGACAAUGCAUGAGCAAAAGAUCUGCAUCUGGGCAAUGUAAGGAUCCUCCCUCCACCCCUUUUCGCCUUAACAAGGCCGAAAAACUACCGCGAGAAAAGAGGAGAAGAAGGCCAAUGGAGGUCACCAUACGAAGCACCGCCAAGUUCAGGGAUCACUACGAGAUUAGCCUUGGAGAGAAGAUCUCCUUGACGACAACGGUUGUGAGAGACCAAGAUUACAAGCUUAGCGAACCUGUCGUUAGAGAAUGGGUCAACGGCGUCCGGAGAAUGUGUGGCAACAAGAAGAGAAACGCGCAGCAGAUUUUGGUGGGUCUCUCGGCCAGUCACAGCAUUGGCUACGCCAACGGGUACUUGGAGAGAAAAGGUUCAAACAAAGAAAAUAGCCCUUAUCGGCUGCUACAGCUGUGUGUCGGCAACCAUUGCCUUCUCUUCGGGCUAUUCACCUAUGGAGGACCCAUCCCAAAGGUCCUCAAAGACUUCCUCUACGGAGGCACCAGAGUCGUGGGGCUUGGGAUCGACAAAAUGGCAGACAAGCUCGAGAGAGACUAUGGGUUUUUGAUACCACAGAGAGUGGAGCUGAGGAAAUUGGCAAUGGAGGAUGGGGCUUGCGAGGGAAGAGAUCUCAGCAAGUGCGAUUUGGAAGCCGUGGCGAGAGCGGUACUAGAAGGCAAAGUGGACGUCGCCAGACCGUCGAAGAUGUCAUGGUUCAAGGAUGGGGUCGGUUGCGAGUACUCGGACGAUUUGAUCAAGUAUGCAAGCAUCGAAGCCAUUACGGCACAGAGGAUCGGCACCAAGCCGUUAGGGAACAGGAAAUAGUUCA